GUUCAAACUGAAAUAAGAGUGAAGACUUAAUUAAUGUGAUUACUGUACGAUAAAUAAACUCGGGUGUUUACCCGACCAACAAUUACGACCAGACUGAAAAGAAUAACACAGAGAUGUAUCACCGCUGGGCUCGAUUUCAUCUGUCCCUGUACUCUUCAUCGAGACGUUGAGAGGGGCGAUUUAGCAACAAGAGGGGGAAACGCGACCCCAACGUCAGCCACACGUUCUGGUGCGCUCCCUAGUGCCACGAGUUGUUCACAUACCGGUUCGAGUGACCGUUGGCGGGCAGUUGCUCGUACGCUACGACAUAUAACACUGGUGAUGCUAUUCGUCGGGGUCCUAGCUGCCCUCGUGGCCCUGGUAUGGAUCUACAUGGGACCUAUUUUUGUACUACAAUUGUUUCUGGUUGUUGUCAUAGCGUAUUUUGUAUCCGGUGGACGUCUCAGAUGGUUCUACGUAGCGAUUAAAACAGCACCCCGAGAUAUAAGGGCUCUACUUAGAUUUGGUCGUCUCAUGUGGUGGAUGAGGUGCAACGAGAAGAAGAAUAUCAGUGUUGCUGAUAUAUUCCGACAGCACGUCGUCAAACACCCGAACAAACCAUGUUUGAUAUGCGAAGAUCAGGAGUGGACUUUUCAAGAGAUCGAGGAUCUCAGCAACAAAGUUGCAACAAUAUUCAAAAAUCAUGGAUACAGAAAAGGCGAUACGGUGGCACUGUUGAUGGAAAAUCGUCCCGAAUACGUGGCUAUCUGGUUAGGGCUUGCAAAGCUCGGUAUCGUCAUUCCAUUUAUCAAUACCUAUCUGAGAAAAAGCUCAUUGCUGCACAGCGUCAAUAUUUCGAAAUGUCAGGCGCUGAUUUUCUCCGUUGAAUUGGCUGAAGCGGUGAAAGACAUCGCGCCCUCUCUGGAUGCAAAAAUAGGCCUCUACAGAUUCGGUGGUGAGGCAGGAGCUGAUGCAUCAGGUCUCAAGGAAAAGGACUUGUCAGCACUUGUGGCUGACACCUCAUCAGUGCCUCCUGUUAUUCAAGAGAAAGGAAAUUAUAAGGAUAAACUCCUGUAUAUUUACACGAGUGGAACAACCGGGUUGCCAAAAGCUGCUGUUAUCACGAAUUACAAAUUUAUGUUCAUCGCUGGUGCUAUCCACUUUCUCGCUGCCUUCAGAAGUUCUGACAGAUUUUAUGCUCCACUUCCAUUGUACCAUACUGCCGGUGGUAUCAUGUCCAUAGGCCAAACAUUACUGUACGGUGCGACCACAAUUAUCAGAAAAAAAUUCUCAGCCAGUGCUUACUUCGAUGAUUGUCGCAAGUACAACUGCACAGUUGCCCAGUACAUUGGAGAAAUGUGUCGUUACAUUCUGGCAGUGGCUCCAAAACCCGAGGACAGCCAGCACAACAUCAGAACGAUAUUCGGAAAUGGAUUGAGACCACAGAUUUGGAAGGAGUUUGUUAAUCGAUUUAAAAUAUCCGAUGUUAAAGAAUUUUAUGGUGCCACUGAGGGCAACGCUAACAUUGUAAACAGUGAUAAUACAGUCGGUGCAAUUGGAUUCGUGUCAAGAAUAGUUCCACAACUUUAUCCCAUUUCUAUCAUCAAGGUUGAUUCUGAUGGUGAGCCUAUCAGAAACGCCAAAGGCUUAUGUAUACCUUGUGAGCCCAAUGAACCUGGAGUUUUCAUCGGCAAAAUAAUUCCCAACAAUCCUCACAGAGCUUUCCUAGGAUACGUAGAUGAAAAAGCAUCUGAGAGAAAGGUCGUUAAUAAUGUGUUUGUGAAAGGAGAUAGUGCUUUCCUCUCAGGGGAUAUCGUUGUGGCCGAUGAACUGGGUUAUCUUUACUUUAAAGAUCGCACAGGAGAUACUUUCAGAUGGAAGGGGGAGAAUGUUUCUACGUCAGAGGUUGAAGCUAUCGUUAGCAAUCUCGUUAAUUACCGAGAUUGUAUGGUUUAUGGUGUUGAGGUCAAAGGUGCUGAAGGUAAAGCGGGUAUGGUGGCGAUAUAUGACGAGAAUGGAACAUUAGAUGUAAAUCAAUUAGCGCAGAGUAUACGAGAACAUCUGCCAGUUUAUGCGCGGCCCCAAUUUGUGCGAAUCCUAACGAAAAUUGAUCUCACAGGAACAUUUAAACUGAAGAAGAAAGACCUCCAGGAAGAUGGGUAUGAUCCAAACAAAUCAAAUGAUAAAUUAUACUAUUUGGAUCCAAAGUCUGGAUAUCUAGCUCUUACAUCACAGGAAUAUGAUCAAAUACAGCAGGGGAAAAUACGUUUUUAGACAUUUGUCUGAUAAAAUCAAAGAAACACCGAAAUAACAACGAGCACAAAUGAAUUCCACUCUAAAAACAUUGUAAGAUACGACUAAAAUCAGUAGCAGAAUGGUGAACGUUGGUGACGAAUGGAAAUAAUUCAUUUUCAGGAUGAAAUUACCACUUCACUACUGAAAUAAAAAAAAUUUAAGAGCAGAAAAUCUUUCGAACCUAAAGUUCAACUGGAGAUUGUUUAAGUCAAUCCAACGAGAAUGAAAUCAUAAAAUGUGUUCUUCAGAAAGAUUUUUUUUACACGAGUGUUGGGAUUACUUUAACCAUCUCACACUCGAAUUACUGUACAUAGAAUUGAAUUUAUGAAUGAAUUAUAAGUAAAAUUUUCACGUUUAAGUUGAGCUUUUUUUAUAUCAGCUGAUGAUUUAUCGUGUACUUAUCUCGCUUCAGCGGUUUCGGAUUCAUCGACAUUCAUCUUUAUUGCUCACUAUUACUUCUCAUACUAAGAAAAAAAAUAUGAUUGAAAGACGUUUAAUAUGUAAAUUAUCGCACAAAACAGAGGCUCUUUGAUCCUGAUUUAUUAUCAAUGAAAAUCAAACGAUCAUUAUCGGUGACUUAUCUUUCAGUCACUAAUUAUUUAUACAGGAAUUUUUUCAGUGGGUGUAUGUGGUAUGUCGGCAAUGAUUUAGCAAGCAUUGUUAUUUGUUAUUUUUUAGAAAUAAAGUAAAGAUAUUUUAUAUAUAUUUA